CAAAGGAAAGAGACUGUAACGAAAGACAGCUGAUGCUAGCUGCUAUCUCCACUUGCUUUAAAACAGGUUUAAAUGCGAAAGAAAGAAAUCAAACCAUGAAAUGGCUGUCACAUGUAAUGUGCUACAGAAAGUGUGGGGAAGCAUAUGCUAGAAGCAUGUAACAAUAACCUAGAGAUGGCAGUUACCAUGUUUCUGGAUGGAGGUGGGAUCGCAGAGGAACCCAGCACAAGCGCCAGUUCAGCCGGGGCCUCCAGCAGCAGACAUCCACCCAUAGAAGAUGAUGUGCGAGCACCUAUUCCUCAGAAGCAAGAUAUUCUGGUGGAGCCCGAACCCUUGUUUGGAGUACCAAAGAGGCGUAGACCAGCGCGAUCGAUCUUUGACGGAUUUCGCGAUUUUCAGACUGAAACCAUCCGACAGGAGCAGGAGUUGAGAAACGGAAGUGCAAAGGACAAGAAGCUGAGCACUUUAGCCGAUCUGUUCCGUCCCCCUAUAGAACUCAUGCACAAAGGCAGCUUUGAGACAGCAAAAGACUGUGGUCAGCUUGACAACAAAUGGCUGAUGAUCAACAUUCAGAAUGUUCAGGAUUUUGCCUGCCAGUGUCUGAACAGAGAUGUGUGGAGCAAUGAUGCUGUGAAAAACCUCAUCAGAGAACACUUCAUAUUCUGGCAGGUGUACCACGACAGUGAGGAAGGGCAGAGGUACAUUCAGUUUUACAAGCUUAACAAGUUCCCCUAUAUUUCUAUCUUGGACCCCCGUACAGGACAAAAAAUGGUUGAGUUGAACCAGUUAGAUGUGUCCUCAUUCCUGGAUCAGGUCACAGGCUUCCUGUCAGAACAUGGGCAGCUGGACGGGCAGUCCAGUCAACCUCCUGCCAAACGUGCUCGUUCUGAGAGUUUAAUAGAUGCCAGUGAAGACAGUCAGUUAGAGGCAGCUAUCCGGGCAUCUCUUCAAGAAACACACUACGAGUCUACCCAGGACAAGGCCGAGUCACGCUCGGAUGAUGAUUCAGAUGCAGAACCUUUCUCUGACAGCGAAGGUCUGAUCUCAGUGGAUGGCUCGGGAGGGGAGGAGUCUUUAGAUGGACAGGUCUCCAAAGAUGUAGCUCCUCCCAUAGCCCAACCCAUUAUAGCAGACAGUCCUGCCAAUCACAGGAAGUCCCUGCACAAAGAGUUGGGCUGCAGGAAAGAGGAGAGUAAAAAGAACCACAUAGAGCCGGCGGGACAUAGCCACAGACAGACAGGACAAACAGAGUCCCAGCAUCAGCUUGGAGAGAACCACAGAUCCAUAUCACACCAGCCCUCAGAGCCUGCUGGCACCAGCACAGCAGAACCAGAUGACAAUGGUCCAAAAGCCCGCUUGAUGCUGCGAUACCCGGAUGGCCAGAGGGAACAGAUAGCACUGUCUGCUAAAGCUAAUCUUAUGGCAUUGGUGAGACAUGUUCAGUCUAAAGGGUUCCCCAAUGAGCGCUUUGAACUUGUCACCAACUUUCCCCGUCGAAGACUCACUCACUUGGACUAUGACAUCACAUUGCAGGAAGCAGGACUGUGUCCGCAGGAGACUGUGUUUGUGCAAGAGAGGAAUUAGCCCCUCCCCUUGUAUAUAAGCCACACCCCUCCUAUCCUGUCACUUGUGCCCUAGAAAGACUGAAUUGACUGUGCCCUGUUACCACUUUUUUUUAAUAAGUCCUGGUUACAUGGAACUGUUUGUAGUUCAUAGGGCCACCCCAAGCUCCAUUUAUAUACAUAUUUAUUUGACAAACAAAUCAGCACAUCUCAUCCUGUUUGGGUCUAACUCUUUAUUUCAUUGUCACACUCACAUUGAAAGAGCUACGUUUAGGAAAGAUUUGGAAUACAAAUGCUCAAAAGGUUUCUGAUGGUUUAAAGGUUUGUAAGGAAUGCUUUUCUGAUGGCUUAUCAUGUUUAUGCAAAGUUUCUUUGUUCCAAAAUUGCUGAAGUUCCUGUUAACAGAAUCAUCUAAGCAAAGGGGUCCUAUUGUUGACGGGCUCGGGGGAUGAACGGGUGGGUGUUUAUUUUUUAGAGGCACACCCUCAAAAAUCUCAUCUGCAAUGUGCAGGUAAGGAGUGGAGUGACAUUUAGCUAUAGUAAGUUUCUGUCUCCUUUUUUAUAUACUGCAUCAUUUCCACAAAAACUCAUUCUCAAAUAUAAUCAUUGAAACAAAAGGGACGACUGGCCUACUUGAGUAAUUUUCUGGAGUAAUUUUUUAAUGACUUUUUCUCUGUUUUGUGAGUUGGUGCUUGUUAAAAAGCUUGAAACUCCGCUUUAACAUGACUUGAUCAAUAGUAGAAGCAUCUGAAUGUCUUUUAGGUUAAAAAAUUUGAAACAUGUUGUGAAAGAAAAAAUAGACCAACAGAGUUUCACAUGGCUUGAAAAUGAUUGUCCAGGGUACAUAGUUUGCCUUUGAAAUGAAGUUAAAAGGCCUUUUUUGCUCAAACACAACAAAGACUUAUAUCAGAAGAUGU